UUCGUGUGUUUCAAUUAUUUUGGUCUCUCAUCAGCAUCUCUGAUGAUUACUUAAGGGUUAGGACUGAAUGGAAAAUUGUUAAGACUCACAUCUAAUACUUCCCUCAUUCGCAUCCUACCUACCUAACGCAUAAUCAGAAGCCAGUGUAAUCAAUUCAACUAAAGACAAUCACAAUACAUUUUCAAAUUCAAUAAAGACAGUUCUUCGAACUUAAUUGAAAAGCGUUUCGCCAUCCCUCGAUAAACAGAGGCGGAAUGCUGAUGCGUACUUUAUGCACUAAAUUAAAAUUAUCGUUGUAAGUAAUGGUUAGUUAAUGUUGUGACGGAUUGUGUGGCUACGGGCACGCUUCGACGACGGCCGUGGUGAAUAUCUCGCACUUAAUGAGUUUAUAGAACGUCACAUGAGUUGGUCACUCCCUAACGAUGCCGGCCGUGGAAAUGUACACAAUCAUUAUAAUCACAGUGAUGACCAUGUCUCAAGGAUUACUUCAAGCCUGUUUUUAUUUCUGCAAAUUAUCACCUGAAUACUCUUCUACUGGACGACCAGAUUGUGACUGCUCUGCAUACAAGCAGCGCAAUACUCGAUCAACAGUGAACACUCGCCACUUCGGCCCCUCUUCAGUGUUAAAAGAUAGUGGUAUUUAUUAUGAACCCGCACCUAUCAAUUCUCCACUAGCACCUCCCUUCGUUCAACAGUUAUUUCACACAUCACGUCUUGAACGUAACCAAAAUCCAACAGUGAAUAACGUUAAUCUACGAAAAAGCUAUGAUAUGAUAGACUCAUCAGCAAAAGAAGGUAAUUCUCCUGAGCCACCUUUAACGACUCCAUACAAAUUUAAACGAGGUGACAAUAACAACAAAGAUCAUUUGGAGGUUGAAGAAAUCGAUAAUCCUCUACAUUUAUAUUUUGAUUUAGAAGUUAAACCAGAAAAUUACAAUAGCACACGACUCGAACAACUUAAAAAUAUGUUUGUGAAAUUUCAAGAAGCUGAAAGAGGAUUAUCUGAAUGUAUAAAUUUUCAUAUCUAUAUAUUUUCAAAAUAUAAAGAUAAUAUUAAUAAAACAAAUACAAAUUGGGAUCAAGUAGAUAACUUAUCAAGGUCCCAAGAGCUAACAGAGAUUCAAAAUAAAUGUGACCAGUCGGCAAGUAUCAUAAGGCAAAGCAUAUUUCAAGUACAGCAAAGCUAUCCACAAAAACAGAAUUCUUCGGAAAUUAUUCAUGAAGAUGCAAAUAGUAAUGAAAGUAGGACAGGACCCGGCAAUUUAUUUAGGCAAGUAACUACCGAACCGAAUAGCUAUAAAAAUUAUCCAGGUUCAACUAAAAAUGUGGAAGAUGACCAGAUAGAGUACAACAAUAGAAAGUCACCUAACUUGGACAGCUGGCUUACCACAAAUGCCCCUGUGGUAACCAAUGCAAUUGGGAUAAACGAAAGAGAAAAAGAUUCACCAAAGGCAACUACAUCUGUAAAUUUGAUAGACGAAAAUGUGCCCCGUCGAACAAUACUACCUGAAGGAGAGGUAGAAAUAACAAAGAUAAUAACAAAAGAGCUAUCCAAUGGUUCGGUCACCAGUGUGGCAGAUGGAUAUGAAGUACUUCCCAACUCUGACUUUAUCACAAACAAUAUUAUUUCAGCAGAAGAAAAUACUGAAACAACGUUAAGAACCGACCAUCACAACGACCUUGUGGAAAUUAAAGGGCAUCUAUACUUUUUAUUCGGGGACAAGCCUAUCCCAGCGCGUUUUAUGCAACAGCCGGGAGGAGAAAUUAAUGUAGCUAUGGAUGGAUUCUCAUUGUGCACACAAAUGUUGCAGAGCAACCAGUCAACUUUUAUGAAUUUGUUAUGCAACUGUAUUCAACAAAAGAAAUGCUCUUUUUCGUAGGCAUUUAUACCUCAGGGCAA